AAUAAAACAAAGGAACUGUCAAACAACCAGUGUUUUUAUUUUUAAUUUUGUUUAAAAUUUAAGAUCGUUUUCAUUUACAUUGAAGGUACUUAACUUGUUCUUUAAUGUUGCCUCUAGAAUGUUAGAAAACAUUAAGAAAAAACUAAACAAUGCAUUUAAAGAGGGCAUCCAUAUGACCGAGAAUAUAUCCACUCAGUUUUCUCGUGUGACUUCGCCAACUCUUGACUCAAACAACGACCCAGAAUUGGGAAUUCCUCCGGAAAUCAAUAUUGCUGCUGGUGCAGAACUAUUGCAAAAAUAUGAAGAUGCCUGGAUAAAUACUUAUGAAGCCAAUAAAGCAAAUGUCGAGGUAGCAAAGAAUAUAACUGAAACAAUUGAUAGACUUCAGCAACGAAUGCAAACGCGCCAGGUUAAUAUAAACGAUAUGAUGACAUGUUUAGCGGGACUGCCCACGAUAGAAGCCAACUUAAAAGCUAGCCUUGAAAAAUUCAAUCAAAUUGAAGCUUUGGGUUUUGCUGUCGAAGAGAAAAUAGCCGAUUUAUUGAAUGUUACUCAAAUGCUAGACAGGCAGGAACUUAUAAUUCAAAUGAAUUUGGAAGCCAAAUGCAAGGAAAUGAUCGAGCUUGAAGCUCAGCAACAAAAAGAAGCAACAGAACAAAGGCUAAAAAUCCAAAAAGAAGAGGAAAAGCUUAAACAACUGCAACAAGAACGACAAGCCGUUUUUGAUGAUGCCUUUCAAAGUGACAUGCAGGCAUUCAAGCAAACCGGUGGAGUAGCAAAAAUCGAGCUUAAAGGCCCCAGAGUUAUGACAUUGGAAGAAAUUGAUCUGGACAACGAUGAUACAAAUGACCUGGAAGAUUUUUUGAAUGACUAAAAAUACUGCGUAUAUUCAUAAAGAGUUACUGAUAGAUAUUCAAGCCAAAAUGUGCCUUACUGUGAAUUUUGUUGAAUUUUGAGAGUUAUAUAUAUUUUAAAAUUGCGAAACAGUUCUUUUUGUUAAUAAAAAUGUUCAAGGAUUCGACCUUCAUAUA